AUGACGGAACUAACAGGAACCCCCAGCUCGGGAAGCCUCAGCGGCCAGCUCGAAAAGAUCCCCGUCACCGACAUCGAGAACCCCAGUCCGCCAUCCGACUCGCCCCCGACCUCAGACACCGACGACGGAGACCGCAAACGCACCGUCACUGGCGUGCGGUGGUUCCUCGUCUGUGUGGCCAUCUUCUCAGCUAAUGUGCUCUACGGACUGGACACAACCAUCGCCGCCGACAUCCAAGCGGUGGUAUCGGAGACGUUUGACAACGUGACGCAGUUGGGCUGGUUGGGCGUUGGGUUCACGCUGGGGUCGACGGUGGCCAUCCUGCCGCUUGGAAAGGCGUUCGGCACGUUCGAUGCAAAAUGGGUGUUUCUGAGUUGUUUGACUAUGUUUGCGGCGGCGAGUGCGCUGUGCGGUGCCGCGUCAUCGAUGAAUGCGAUUAUCAUUGGAAGGGUGUGGGCUGGUGCUGGGGGAGCGGGCAUGUACUUGGGGACACUGAAUCUGGUGACCAUCAUGAGUAGUCCUCAGGAACAGCCGUUUUACAUCGGAAUGACCGGGUUCGUCUACGGUAGUGGCUGCAUUCUGGGUCCCAUCGUGGGAGGUUCGUUGGCAGAUAGUGCGGCGACGUGGAGAUGGGCCUUCUAUCUAAAUCUCGUCAUCUUUGGCGCCAUGGCCCCCAUCUACCUCUUCGUCCUUCCACCGCUCCCUCGCCGCCCCGAUACGACCUUCCUCGAGAAAGUACGCUCCCUCGACUGGCUCGGUAUCGUCCUGAACGGCGGUCUAUACGUCUCCUUCGCUCUGGCCUUCACCUUCGGCGGGUCAAUCUGGGCCUGGAGCGACGGACGGGUUAUCGCACUGCUCGUCGUCUGCGGCGUGCUCACGAUCAUCUUCUGCAUCAGCCAGCGCUACUCGGUCCUUACCGACCCCAUCAACCGCAUCUUCCCCUGCGAGUUCCUGCUCGACCCGCAACUCGUCCUGCUCUACGUCUGCAUGGCGUGCGGCGGCGCGGCCCUCUUCGUCUCGGUCUACUAUAUCCCGCUCUACUUCCUGUUCGUGCACGGCGAUACCGGCACGCAGGCAGCCGUGCGCCUCCUCCCGUUCAUCUGCUUUUACGUCGCUACCAUUCUAACCUGCGGCGCCGUCAUGGGGCGGACUGGGUACCACAACCUCUGGUACAUUUUCAGCGGGCUGUGCAUCACAGCCGGCGCGGCGGCCAUGUACACAGUGGGAUACUCGACCCCAGCAGCGAACAUCUACGGCUACGCGGUGCUGCUAGGACUGGGGAUGACAACCACGCAGGCCGGAUACGCCGUGGGCCCGCUCUAUGUGAAACCCGACCGCGUGGCGGAGCUGAUCCAGUACCUGAACAUCUCGCAGGGCUCGAGCCAGUUCAUCGGGCUGGCCAUCGCCAGCUGCAUCUUCCAGAGCUUGGGAUUGCAGCGCCUGAAGGCGGUGCUGGGCGAGACGGAGUACUCGGACGCGCAGAUCCGGGCGGCGAUUGCCGGAGCGAGGAGCGAGUUAUUGCAGAAUGCGACGCCGGAGGUGAGGGCACGGUGUGUGGAUGCGAUUGUGAGGACGAUUGGAGACGUUUGGGUCAUGGUGAUUGCGGCGGGGGCGUUGUGGACGGUGUGUUCGUUGUUUUUGACGAGGAGGCGGUUUGUAUAG